AAACCAAACACCCACCGAUGCACUCGUACCAAAGUGCCCUCCGUUACUCGGUGCUAUGGCCAAGCAGUAUCACCCAGGCUGCUUCGCCUAUCAUGUCCACUACAACCUGCAUCAGCAGCAGCGCAGUAGGACCACAGCGAUGACCACAGCGAUGACCAGUCGAGUCCACAAAGCAAGGAGAGACUCGCUCCCCCAACCCAGCAUAUCAGCCUGUCGGUUACAGCAACCACAGGUACAGCAUGGCCCAGUCCCACCGGGAUUCGUCAUGGUCAAGAAGAGCGAAUCAGGUGGCCACAAAGUGGGCGAACCAGACUCGCUGGGCCAUGGCAUGCCCAUCAAGCCCAUCCAGCCCAUCAAGCCCAUCCAGCCCAUCCAGCCCAUCCAGCCCAUCCAGCCCAUCAAGUGA